AGAGAGAGAAAGAGGGAGGAGAGAAGAAGAUCCUGUUCUUCUCUCCCUUGUUGCACCCCCGAAACUGACUCACUUUCUUCUCGCUAAAAGAGAAGAAUUGGAGAGAUGGCCACCGAUUUCGGUGGAGGCGGCAGGUCCGUCUCCCUGGAGGACAUCAGGAACGAGGCCGUCGAUCUUGAGAAAAUUCCGGUGGAAGAGGUCUUCCAGCAGCUGAAAUGUAGCACCGAGGGGCUCACCACUGCCGAGGGUGAGCAGCGGCUCCAGAUCUUUGGUCCCAACAAGCUCGAGGAGAAGAAGGAAAGCAAGUUACUCAAGUUCUUAGGAUUCAUGUGGAAUCCGCUUUCGUGGGUCAUGGAGAUCGCUGCGAUCAUGGCCAUUGCCUUGGCUAACGGAGGGGGUAAGCCACCAGACUGGCAGGACUUCAUCGGAAUCGUCUCUCUCCUUAUCAUCAACUCUACCAUCAGCUUCAUCGAGGAGAACAACGCCGGAAAUGCCGCCGCUGCCCUCAUGGCUGGCCUCGCCCCCAAGACGAAGGUGCUGAGGGAUGGCAAGUGGUCAGAGCAGGAUGCUUCAAUCCUUGUUCCUGGUGACAUUAUCAGCAUCAAGCUUGGUGAUAUCAUCCCUGCCGAUGCCCGCCUCCUUGAGGGCGACCCGCUCAAGAUCGACCAAGCCGCCCUCACCGGCGAGUCCCUCCCUGUGACCAGGCACCCGGGCGACGAGGUCUUCUCAGGGUCCACGUGCAAGCAAGGAGAGAUCGAGGCCGUCGUCAUCGCCACCGGCGUCCACACCUUCUUCGGAAAGGCUGCACACCUUGUCGACAGCACCAACAACGUGGGUCACUUCCAGAAAGUGCUCACCGCCAUCGGAAACUUCUGCAUCUGCUCCAUUGUCGUCGGCAUGCUAAUCGAGAUCAUCGUCAUGUACCCGAUCCAGCACCGGAGAUACAGAGAUGGCAUUGAUAACCUCCUGGUGCUGCUCAUUGGCGGAAUUCCGAUCGCCAUGCCCACUGUGCUGUCGGUCACAAUGGCCAUUGGAUCCCACCGCUUGUCGGAACAAGGAGCGAUUACCAAGAGGAUGACUGCCAUCGAGGAGAUGGCCGGCAUGGACGUGCUUUGCAGUGACAAGACUGGCACCCUCACCCUUAACAAGCUCACCGUCGACAAGACCUUGAUCGAGGUGUUUGUGAGGGAUUUGGAUAAGGAUGCCAUAGUCUUGUAUGCAGCAAGGGCUUCCAGGGUCGAGAACCAGGACGCGAUUGAUGCCUGCAUUGUCGGAAUGCUGGCCGACCCCAGGGAGGCACGAGCUGGGAUCCAGGAAAUCCACUUCCUGCCCUUUAAUCCAGUGGAAAAACGCACUGCAAUCACAUACAUCGAAUCAGACGGCAAAUGGCACCGCUCAAGCAAGGGUGCUCCUGAGCAGAUCAUUGAGCUCUGCAACAUGCGAGGGGAUGCUCGGACGAAGGUCCAUGGCAUGAUUACCAAGUUUGCCGACCGCGGCCUCCGUGCUCUUGGUGUGGCGAGGCAGGAGGUGCCUGAAGCAAGCAAGGAGAGUGCUGGUGGCCCAUGGCAGUUUCUGGGUCUCUUGCCCCUCUUCGAUCCUCCUAGGCAUGACAGUGCCGAGACCAUCCGCCGUGCCCUUAAUCUUGGUGUUAACGUCAAGAUGAUCACCGGCGACCAGCUUGCCAUUGCCAAAGAGACUGGGCGCAGGCUUGGGAUGGGCACUAACAUGUAUCCGUCCUCCACCCUCCUCGGCGAGAGGAGCGAUGACACCACCGGCCUCCCCAUUGACGAGCUUAUCGAGAAGGCCGAUGGCUUUGCUGGAGUCUUCCCUGAGCACAAGUAUGAGAUAGUGAGGAGGUUGCAGGAGAAGGAGCACAUCUGUGGGAUGACAGGAGAUGGUGUCAAUGAUGCACCAGCUCUGAAGAAGGCAGACAUUGGUAUUGCCGUGGCAGAUGCAACCGAUGCCGCCCGUGGCGCUUCAGACAUCGUGCUCACAGAGCCUGGUCUGAGCGUGAUCGUGAGUGCGGUGCUCACAAGCCGCGCCAUCUUCCAGCGCAUGAAGAACUACACGAUCUACGCCGUCUCCAUCACCAUCCGUAUCGUGCUCGGCUUCAUGCUCGUCGCCCUCAUUUGGCGCUUCGACUUCUCCCCGUUCAUGGUCCUCAUCAUUGCCAUCCUCAAUGAUGGUACCAUCAUGACCAUCUCCAAGGACCGGGUUAAGCCCUCCCCUGUGCCAGACUCAUGGAAGCUCCAGGAGAUCUUCUCGACCGGGGUCGUUCUCGGUGCUUACCUUGCAAUCAUGACUGUGGUCUUCUUCUUCCUUGUUCACGACACUGAUUUCUUCCCUAAAGCGUUCGGCGUGAGGUCAAUCAAUGGCAACAACGAUGAGCUAACCGCAGCACUGUACCUCCAAGUGAGCAUCGUCAGUCAGGCACUCAUCUUUGUCACCCGGUCCAGGAGCUGGUCCUUCAUCGAGCGCCCUGGUCUCCUGCUGGUCUCUGCCUUCGUCGCCGCCCAGCUGGUGGCCACUCUCAUCGCUGUGUACGCCACAUGGGGCUUUGCGAGGAUGAAUGGCAUCGGAUGGGGGUGGGCUGGGGUCAUUUGGCUCUACAGCCUCAUCACCUACUUCCCUCUCGACAUUCUCAAGUUCAUCAUUCGCUAUGGUCUGAGCGGCAGGGCCUGGGACAACCUUCUCCAGAACAAGACGGCCUUCACCUCGAAGAAGGAUUACGGGAAGGGCGAGAGGGAAGCACAAUGGGCGCUGGCCCAACGCACCCUGCAUGGUCUGCAUCCCCCAGAGACCACCGGUCUGUUCGACGAAAAGAGCUACAGGGAGUUGUCGGAGAUCGCUGAACAGGCCAAGAGGCGCGCCGAGGUCGCCAGGCUUAGGGAGCUGCACACGCUCAAGGGUCAUGUCGAGUCCGUCGUGAAGCUCAAGGGAUUGAACAUCGAGAACAUGCAGCAGCACUACACUCUCUAAAGGGAGAAAUAAGCGCUGUACCUGCGCAGGAAGAGUUGAAGACCGUAGCAUCGCUGUUGUGGUCUUGUUUCUUAGGCAAAUGGUUCAAAUAAUUCAGCAGAUCCAGACGUAGGUUUUGCUGACGGUGGGUGUCACCGAAGCCACGCUAGUUUGCGUGGGGCUAUUUGUUGUAGUACGACAACCAUAUAUAUUUGUGGCAAUCUUUUCAUUGCCAUAUGUUAUU